AUGUCAGCUCUUAAAGGACAGUGCCUGUGUGGACAGUCUACGGUCACCAUCGAGAACGGGGAGAACUAUAAGGACCAGCUUCUUUGCCAUUGCUGGGACUGUAAGCAGACCUCAGGUAGUGCCUUUGCAACGAACGUCAUUGCCCUCAGAAAGGACGUGAAAAUUGAGGGGCCUAGUAUCAAAGAGUUCAAGGCGAAGGUUCCUAGUGGAAAUAUUGUCACUCGCGUCUUCUGCGGGACUUGCGGAAGCGCCCUCUCCCACUUCUCGGUUGCGUUUGGCGAGUCCCAGGCGGUUCAAACAGGAAACUUCAGGGACUUCGCCUCGAAGCCAAUCACGAAAGAGAUCUGGGUGAAAGAUCGUUGGGCUGGAAUCCCCGCCGUCCCAGAUGCUAUCCAGGUACAAAUUGAAUAG